GUGGGUCCGAGGGAACGUGGGAGGGGGGAGGAGCCGGGGCGGAGCCUGGCUGGGCGGGGCUCCCUCUUCCUGCCCCACGUGGAACAAAGCUCAACCCGCGCUCUGUGCUUGCAGGUCCCAGGCCAGCCUCCUACCCUGGGAUCCUUCUCCCUCCCCAGCUCAGUGGGCAGAGGAUCAAGGCCUGACUUAGCAGGGAGCCUGGAGCCAGAGGGAAUGGCCCCUCGGAACCACAGACCCUCAGCCCAGGAACUGGUGACAUUCCAGGAUGUGGCUGUGGACUUCACCCAGGAGGAGUGGGGCCUCUUGGACCAUCCUCAGAAGGAGUUGUACAAGGAGGUCAUGCUGGAGAAUGCCCAGAACCUGGUCUCCCUGGGGGUGCCAGUUCCCAGAGAAGAUUUGAUCUCUUAUUUUGAGGAAAAGGAAGCACCAUGGCUUCUGGAGCAUGAAGGCCUAAGGAGCUGUUAUCCAGAAGGAGAGAUUAGAUCUGAAAUGAAAGAGACUACUGCAAAGCUAAGCAUUUCUGUGAAAGAAACUGAUGAAGAAAGUUUCAUGAGGGUUGGUCCUUGUGACUUCACUGGGAGACAAAUCUGUGCUGCAUUUCACAGAAUCCACAGAGGAGAAAAACCUUAUGAUUGUCUUCAUGAUGGGAAGGUGUUGAGUCAACAGUCAUCCCUUAUUUACCAUCAAAAAAUUAAUCCUGGCAUGAAACUACAUGAGUGUCAUGAAUGUGGUAAAACUUUUAGUGAAUGCUCAUCCUUCAUUACACAUGGGAGAAAUUACAUUGGCAGGAAACCAUAUGAAUGUAAUCAGUGUGGAAAGGCUUUCACACAGAGCUCCAGCCUUAUUAAACAUCAAAGGCUCCACACUGGAGAGAAACCUUAUGAAUGUAAUCAGUGUGGAAAGGCUUUCACACAGAAGUCCAGCCUUAUUAAACAUCAAAGACUCCAUACUGGAGAGAAACGUUAUGAAUGUAAUCAGUGUGGAAAGGCUUUCACACAGAACUCCAACCUUAUUGUACAUCAGAGAAUUCACACUGGAGAGAAACCUUAUGAAUGUAAUCAGUGUGGAAAGGCUUUCACAGAGUCCAGCCUUAGUAUACAUCAAAGAAUCCACACUGGAGAGAAACCUUAUGAAUGUAAUCAGUGUGGAAAGGCUUUUACACAGAAAUCCAAACUUACUCAGCAUCAAAGACUCCUCACUGGAGAGAAACCUUGUGAAUGUAAUCAGUGUGGAAAGACUUUCAGGUGUAAAAGUGAUCUUAUUCUACAUCACAGAAACCACACUGGAGAGAAUCCUUAUGAAUGUAAUCAAUGUGGAAAGGCUUUCACACGAAGCUCCAACCUUAUUAACCAUCAAAGACUGCACACUGGAGAGAAACCUUAUGAAUGUUAUCAGUGUGGAAAGGCUUUCACACAGAACUCCUACCUUGUUAUACAUCAGAGAAUCCAUACUGGAGAGAAACCUUACAAAUGUAAUCAGUGUGGAAAGGCUUUCACACAGAGCUUCAAACUUACUCAACAUCAGAGACUCCACACUGGAGAGAAACCUUAUGAGUGUAAUCAGUGUGGAAAGGCUUUCACACAGAAAUCCAAACUUACUCAACAUCAGAGACUCCACACUGGAGAGAAACCUUAUGAAUGUAUUCAGUGUGGAAAGGCUUUCAGGUGUAAAAGUAAACUUAGUCUACAUCAGAGAAACCACACUGGAGAGAAACCUUAUGAAUGUAAUCAGUGUGGAAAGGCUUUCAGGUGUAAAAGUGACCUUAGUCUUCAUGAGAGAAUCCACACUGGAGAGAAACCAUAUGAAUGUAGUCAGUGUGGAAAGGCUUUCAGGUGUAAAAGUAAACUUAGUCUACAUCAGAGAAAGCACACUGGAGAGAAACCUUAUGAAUGUAUUCAGUGUGGAAAGGCUUUCACAGAGAGCUCCAGCCUUAUUAAACAUCAAAGAGUUCACACUGGAGAGAAACCUCAUGAAUGUAAUCAGUGUGGAAUGGCUUUCAGGUGUAAAAGUAAACUUAGUCUACAUCAGAGAAAGCACACUGGAGAGAAACCUUAUGAAUGUAAUCAGUGUGGAAAGGCUUUCAGGUAUAAAAGUAACCUUAGUCUUCAUCAGAGAAUCCACACUGGAGAGAAACCUUAUCAAUGCAAUCAGUGUGGAAAGGCUUUCACACAGAGCUCCAGCCUUAUUAAACAUCAGAGAAUCCACACUGGAGAGAAACCUUAUGAAUGUGGUCAGUGUGGUAAGUCUUUCAGCUUUCAGACUAAACUGGGAAAUGCUGUACAUGAGAAAAUCCACACUGGAAAGAAACUUUAUAAAUGUAAUCAGUGUGGAAAGGCUUUCACACUGAGGUCCAGCCUUAGUAUACAUCAAAGAAUCCACACUGGAGAGAAACCUUAUGAAUGUAAUCACUGUGGAAAGGCUUUCACACAGAGCUCCAAACUUACUCAACAUCAUUUCCACACUGGAGAGAAACCUUAUGAAUGUAAUCAAUGUGGAAAGACUUUCAGGUGUAAAAGUGAUCUUAGCCUACAUCAGAGAAUCCACACUGCAGAGAAACCUUAUGAAGGUAAUCAGUGUGGAAAGGCUUUCAGGUUUAAAAGUCAUCUUUGUCUACAUCACAGAAGCUGCACUGGAGAGAAACCAUAUGAAUGUGACCAAUGUGGAAAAACUUUCUGACUAAACUGGGAACUUGCUCUACAUGAAAAAAUUCACACUGGAGAGAAACCUUAUGAAGGUAAUCAGUGUGGAAAGUCUUUUACACAGAGCUCCAACUUUAUUAAACAUCAAAGACUCCACAGGGGAGGGAAACCUUGUGAAUGUAAUCAAUGUGGAAAGGCUUUCAGGUGUAAAAGUGAUCUUAGUCUACAUCAGAGAAUCCACACUGUAUACAAACCUCAUGAAUAUAAUCAAUGUAGAAAGUCUUUCAAAUGCAGGACCAAUCUUUCUCUCCAUCAGAGCUGCAUGUUUAUAUCCUCUAUAUCAGAAUUAUAUCAGCUUAUAUCAGAAUUACCCUAUUGUACUGUCUGAAUGCAGUCAUUCUAUAGGGUCAAACAGGUAAAUGGGUAAAAUGGUUUUUAUAUUGUGAACCAUGAACCCCAAAUUGAAACAUCUUGUUCUAAAAAAGAGACAAAAUUGGGGUAUGCUUGUCCUGCAGUUAAUUUCUCUCAAGCUAGUUUGACAUGCAUUGCGUGGGAGUUAAGUCCAAACUGGCUUGGUUUAGGAUUUUGGGGUGUAGCCUUAUAUACUAUUUCAACUUCCUAUCAACCUGUCAUCCUUCCAGACCACUCCUAGUGUCCUUCUAUCUAGGUAGGAGUAUUUGUCUCCACUGGAGCCUGAAAAGUAUAAAAUCAGUUCAGAUUUGGGUAGAGUUUGAUCAAGACAAGACAAUCUCAUUAUCAGUGAGGGCCUUCUGAAGAACUUUGAAGCAGAAGGCUUGCAGGGGGGGAGCUCGAUGAGUCUCCAAGAUACAGAUUACCAAGAAAAAUCAUUUUCCACAAUAUCUAAGAUAAUCAACUGAAUUGAUGUUAUUUGACUGGCAACUUUGUUUCAUGUAUUGACAUUGUAACAGUGUUUAUGUUGUUAUUACGCUUCAAAUUUUUCUCAAUUGUGGAUUCGGGGAAAACCAAUGUAUAAGUCAUGCUCUUAAUUUGAAAAAAUGAUUUCUAAAGGGGUAUGCAAUUGUACCCUUAGAAAAGGAGUGUGAACCAGGCAGGGGCUUCCCCAAACCAUUUUGAAUUCUCCUCACCUGAGAAAUGUCUAAAUCCUGGCUUGGCCAAAUGGGAGAAAGACAUUUUGUCCCCCUCUGAGCUUCACCUAUCAUAAUGCCUUGCGUGCUCUGGCAUAACAGACACGGCUUUGCUUUGUUCUCUGAGUGAACCCAACAUGCCCCUUCUUGUGUGUGUCAGCAACUACAAGGCUCAGAUGAAGCUGACCAGGAGCAUUCUUCUGUUUAUAAAUGCCAAGGACAAAGCACCUUGACCUGGACACUAUCUUGAGUGAUGGGACUUUUGUUGUUCUGUUCUGUUCUGUUCUGUUCUGUUCUGUUCUGUUCUGUUUGUUCUGUUCUGUUCUGUUCUGUUAUGUCAUGUCAUGUUGUGUUAUGUUACGAGGCAGAGCAAUUACAACUUUUUCCAGCAUAGGGGCAAGUAGGACAAGAGAAUGGAAAGAGGGGAUAUCAGGGAUAUCUGAUACAGAAAAGCAAGGAGAAUAAGAAAGGGGAGGGGGUGCUUUGUGAAAGCACACAGGUAAGUCCGGAGAGGGGCUUCACUGCAUCAUUUUCUUGGAUCACUCUUCUGGCUCGCCACAUCCUGCAUCUUCUGUCCUAUCUCUCAGCCUGCAAAGUUCUUGCUCCAUCUGCCUCAAGCACUCCUUUCUACCUCAUUGUUAUAUUGUGUCAUGUUGUGUUGUGUUAUGUUAGUGACGAUACCUUGGAACUCAUUUCAAUCAACAUUUUGACAUUUAUCUUAUUGUACGUACAAUCUAUCUGAUUAAGAAAUUCCUUUCUCACAUUAUGGCCAAACACAUAUACAGACUAUAAUUAUGGUUGACACAGGCAUCCUGAGUUGGGACUGCUCUAAGUGUGUAAAGGGUCUCCUUCAGCUUGCUUACCUCAGUGUUCAGAAUUAUUUUUUGACUCCCAUGCGUGGAGAACUCUUUGGUGUAAUAACAAUAAAUGAAUAAGCGCGUGAUAGCACAGUA